AUGCUUGCUCUUAAGAUGGCUUUUAUAGGGCUUGUAUCUCUUCUGUGUGUCAACCUUAUUAGUCAGCUAAUUUCCUUUGAGGCCAGUGCCCAAAUCGUUGAUACUUUACAAGGGUUUACCCCAGUUCCUCUAUCUCAAUCAAAUUUUGAGCUGCACAAGCCUUACGAUGUGGCUGCAAAUGACCGAUACAGCUUCAGUAAUGGCGAACACCGGCUGUGGGUUUACUCCACCGACAAGCCUCACUACCAAGGUAGCACUACUAAGCCUCGCACAGAGAUCAAAAUCCGAGGCUAUGACUACUCCUCUGGCGUUUGGCAAUUUGAGGGAUACGUCUACGUGCCGAGUGGAACAACGGGUGUUUGCAUCAUGCAAACAUUCGGAGGAUCUUCCCGUGCUACGACCAUGAUGCUCAGAGUAUACGGUGGCUCAUUCACCUACUAUCGGUCUCCGGUGUUGCUAUCAAACGUAUAUAACAAAUGGAUCAGGGUAAACGUAAUCCAUGAUGUGGGUGCCUCUAAUGUGAAGAUUUAUCUUAAUCAGCAACUUAGAUACGAAGGAGCAGGUGCAGGAGGAAGCUCUCACUAUUUCAAAUUUGGGGUGUAUGCACAGAAUGAUGAGUCUAAUUACAUGGAAUCACGUUGGGUGGGAAUAAAGGUUCUUAGGAAGAAUUAAUGGUUGAAAUUUAGCCCUUCUUUUAUUAUGUAGCUCCUAGUAAUGGCCAAAAUUGAUAUAUUUCCACUGGAUAAUGGCUGACGACGAAGCCUGGUAUUUUAUUUGUGAUUGAUAUAUUGAUGUUCUGGGGAGCGUUGUUGAGCUCUCUGAGAUAGUAAAGAGUCAUCUUUAAUAUUUUAAUAGUAUAAC